AAUCGAAUGACUGAAGUACACUGUUAAUCCUAGUGUCGAAUUUUUCACUCAUGGGUACAAGUCAGCUUUCUUUCACCUCCUCCGUAACAUGUUGCCCAAAAUGCUGGCAUUUAAGAUUCAACUUCCCCAGAAAGAAGAAUACAGAGUGGAAGAACAGGAAUGGAUACCUCACGUUUGAAGAGCUUAAGAUAAGGCUACAAUAGUGUAGAGUAUCAGGUAAUCGGUGCGGCAACAAUCUGCCAGGAACCAAAUUCUACUCCCCCGAUCUACAGACGUACGUCCACGGUCCCAAGACCACCGUGCGCGAGGUGGUGGAGAUCUGCGAACAAGAACAUGCAAACGACAUUGAACGGACACGGUGAAUGAAAACAGCAUUUGAGAGGGUGGUACCCCUUGUUGGGAAGGAGUACAUCAUUCACAGGACCUACGAAGAAGUGAGGAAUGCACGAGCCGAUGAGAAAUGUGUAGGCACCGCAAAACUCAUUGCGGUAACUCUGGCUGUGGAAGGUCCAGAAAGAACAACCGUUGAAGAGACCUUAGCUGCCCCAACCAAGGGGAAGCCCUGUAUGAGCGGCCUCCGGAUUGUAAUGUUGUCUCCAAACGGUCGAGCGAUAGGCAAUCAUCUCAAGGCGUUUACGUGCGGAGAGUUGGGAGAAUGUGAAGUCUAAAAUUCCUGAGGGGCUGCAAGUCCCUGAGAAACUUUGCAGGAAGACGAGUACAUUUGCACCCAGUGAGAGUAAAUAAAAGUGUUGAAACUCGGGCAAUAGCAGGUCCUGGGUUACAUCUCAAUAUACAUCUUAAAACACGACAAAUAAAUCCUGUAACGUUUACAAAGAGAGUGCAUGUAACAGGAACUGUCCAUGUUCCAAAGGUUACCAAUCCAGACCAAAAUCUAAAUU